UCCCAUUUCACUCCCUCUCAUCCUGUCCUUCACCACAGAGACGUCUUCCAGGUAUAUCCCCCUCCCCGCCCCCCCACUGUCUUUUCAUCAUGACCACGAUCGUGAAGCACUCCUCCACCCUCCCACCCUCCCUCUCCUCCUUUAUAAAGAAAGUCUACGAACUCUCAGACAUCGAAUCCGCUCAUGAAGAGUACUGCACCCUCUUCACCUCUCCCACCCACCUCCAAAUUGGGCCCAUGAAGCCCGUCACCACUCACGAGGAGAUUCUCCAGAUCAGAAAGGAUUCGUGGGAGCAAUUCAACAAGAGGAGACAUGUGGUUGAAGAGGUGUAUGUUCAUCCGGAUGCUGCGCCAGGUAGUGAGCAGAAGAUUAUGCUUCAUGGCUCUGUAGAGUUGAGCUUUAAAGAUGAGAGCAAGGGUUCGACUCGGGCUAGCUGGGCUGCUUUGAUGGUACUCGAGGGUAUAGAUGGCGGUCAGGAGCCCAAGGUUAAGAGCUACGUUGCCUGGCUGACUAUGGGAUAG